AUGCAAACAGUAAGUGACAUAAUAGAAGAAUUUGGUUUAUCAUUCUGUCCAUUGCUGGAUGAUGGACAUUACCUACUUAGUGAUGCCGUUGAAAAAAGUCAAGUAGAAAUGGUGGAAUAUUUAUUGCGGAAAAAUGCAAAAGUUAACAGCAAUCGUGAUGUUCUGUCACCUCUUCAGAUUGCCGCCAUGAACGACAACACGAUAAUUUUCGAAUUGCUUCUGGAACACGGGGCUACAAUAAGUUAUAACAAUAUUUAUAAGAAUAAGUCACCAAUUAAGUUAGCAGUUGAGCACAGCAAUGUUGACAUCGCAAGACUUAUCGUUGAGCACAAAAAUUUUGGAAAAAAAUAUGAUCAGUUUUUACUGCAUACUGCUGUCAAGAAUGACAGCUUCCCAAUGGUCACAUUUUUAUUAGAAAUUGGAAUGGAUGUCAAUGAAUAUGAUGACGACAGAUCAGCUCCAAUUCAUCACGCAUUAAUGGCCCGCAACAAUGAUAUUUUGCAAUUAUUAUUGAAUUAUGGAGCAGAUGUUGAUGCUAAAAAUAAAUAUGGAGAUACUCCAGUUUGUUUGGUUCUAAUGCAACCGGAUAGCAGAUAUUUCGCAAGUUCUGAUUUCUUUGAACUGUCUAUCCUUGGCAAUACACAGAAUAAAAGUAAAUUGGAUAUUCUCCUUGAUAAUGAUGCAGACAUAAAUGCUCAGGAUAUCAGUAAAUAUUUCCCACCUAUUCCUCGUCAUCUUCGCAUGCAUUUUCCUGCUCAUGGUCGUGUUGAAUACAGUACUUCGACAAACAAAAAACGCAUUAUUAAACAUAUUGUAAAAUUAAGAAGUCGAAAUGUACCUCUAUCUAAUGACAAUCUUAUAUUAUUGUCUUCUCUUCUUGAAGACAAACUGAUUGAAGAUUAUGAACAAAUAUGUGAGCAAGAAAUUUCGAGAGCAAUGAUAGAAAAAUUACCAAACUCGAGUAUUUCAUUUCAUAAUAUUUUAAGCAAAAAUUAUAAUUUUUUAGCUGCGUGUGCAAAAAAUAGAACUCUUCAGACGAUCCUAUUAUCGACUGAAAUUUCAAAUCGAUUUCCGAUUUAUGGAUCGGUUAUGAAACUUCGGUUUACGAAAGGACUAGUAAGGAAAAAUUUUUUAGAUAAAAGUACUCAAGUUUUUCAUAAUAUUUUUCCCGUUGCGUCUAAAUUGUUGAUUGAUGCCGUCGAUGAUGUAUUUAAAUGUUUAGAUAAUAAUGAUUUACGACAUUUUUUGCGCAUGUUCCAGCAAGAUAAUUAA